AUGGCAUUUGUCUGUUCGGAAACAGUGAUCACCAGUCAUUUGCACUUACAAGAAGACAUCGAACAAAAUGGUUACCAACCCUUGCCGGGAUCCUCAAUUGCCGGAUCAGAAAGUGACGUUCCGGAAAUUGAGGUGGUUCCAUCGGAGGCUCUCUUCAGCCGAGCUUGGUUGGAAGCUCGACCGCGGAUUAAAGUGACUUUGGGUGUGGUCUUGGCCUUGUUGUCGGGACUUAUAUUCACUUUCAAUGGGUCCGUCAUGAAAGGUUAUGGCAUUGAUCCAGUGGAUUUUUUGGCCGUUCGAGGAGCCGUCCAAUUUGGGGUUCUGUAUUUGGUCUGUCGAGCACGUGGGAUUCACUUAUGGUCGGACGAAAUUGGGACCAAGACCAAGUUGAUGAUGAUAUUGCAAGGCAUUAUGGGAGGCAUAGGCGUUAUCACCGGUUUGAUGAGCAUCAUGAUGAUUCCAUUGGGGGAUGCCCUCACCUUCAUCUUCUCCAGUCCCGUAUUCACUUGCAUCUGUAGCCGGAUCUUCCUCAAGCAUCGCUUGGGACUCUGGAAAUUGGUAUUCAUUGGAUCUCUUGUUGUUGGAAUUGUUUUUGUCAUUCAGCCUCCAGUCUUGUUUCCCGAACCCGAUAUUCCCCCACAUCUCUUUCAUGACAAACGUGAUGGAGAUCAAGGCAAACGUGACGGAGAUCAUGACGAUCCAGACGUCGUUGUUCAUGACCUUUAUUAUUACAUGGGAGCCCUGCUGGCCGUGUCCGGAGCCAUAAUUUGCAGCUUUAACAAUGUCUGUGUCAGUGGAACAUUGAAGCACAUCAACUCAAUGGUUCUGGUGGGAUACGUGGGUGCGGCCAGCUUCGUCAUUUCAAUAAUGUGUACCAGCUUUGAUAAGAAACAGCGGAUUUUCUCCACACAAAUCGUCGACAUUGCUGCCUGGGAAUGGGCACUCAUUAUCGGCAUGUCCAUUCUCGGCAUCUUUGCCUACUUCAGCGUUACCAAAGCCCUCCAGUUGAUUGACCCCACAGUGGUUAGUGUCCUCAGAUCCACAGAAAUCCUCUUAGGCUUCUUCAUUCAAGUGGUGUUCAUGCAUCAACUGCCCGAUGCUUUUGCCAUUGUGGGAGCUUCCAUCGUGUUCCUAUCUAUUAUCAUGAUUGCCCUCGAGGCCAAUAUCGUCAGACGACUACCUCAAUACGUUCAAGAAUGGCUCUAA